AUGUUGGCUACAAUACUUUUGGCAGGGCUCCUGGCGGUGCCAUGCCUGGGGAGUGUAAAUCCAACAAAGCCUCAGAUGGGGUGGAAUACAUGGAACACAUUCAAGAGCAAUAUAAACGAGACGUUAAUCAAGUCAAGCGCAAAGAGUUUGGUGGACACUGGCUUAGCUCGGGCUGGCUACAAGUAUGUCAAUCUGGAUGACGGGUGGCAAGCCUUCACACGAGAUUCCUUAGGUCGCCAGCAACCGAAUUCUACCAGGUUUCCCAGUGGAAUUAGAGCAUUGGCAGACUUCGUGCACGAUCUGGGACUUAAGAUUGGGAUAUAUAGUGACGCAGGCAUCUAUGACUGUGCCUUCUACCCUGGAAGCUAUGGCUACGAAGAAAGAGAUGCUAAUACGUAUGCGUCAUGGAAGAUAGAUUAUCUCAAGUUUGAUAAUUGUGGUGGCUUCCACGCAGGCACAGUUUCACCUCAAGAGCGUUUCCUGCGCAUGGGCGAUGCUUUGAACCGUUCUGGCCGCGAUAUCUUCUACUCGCUUUGUCAAUGGGGAAAUCAGUUUCCCUGGCAUUGGGCAUCUUUUUCAGAUAGCUACAGAAUCUCUGGCGAUAUUAAGAGUGCAUUUGGCGAAGAUAGUAGUGGUGUCUGUCGAUCUGCUUACUGUCUGAAUACCGGUUAUGCCGGUGUCAGUGUAUUGACAAUGAUCCGCAAGAUGCGAGAAUUAUCGCGAUUCCAAACACCUGGUUCAUGGGGUGACAUGGACAUGCUCGAGAUCGGUACUGGAACCAUGAACUUACACCAAGAGCAGACCCAUUUCUCUUUCUGGGCCGCGCUCAAGUCGCCGCUGAUCAUCGGCGCCAACAUCAACACCAUCAAUAAGGCGUCUCUAGACAUACUAUUAAACAAGGAGAUUAUUGCAAUCUCCCAGGAUGACGCCGGCGUAGCGGUCAACUACCUGCCCGAACUAUCGACCGAGAACGAAGUCCAAGUUUGGGGUGGGCCGCUUGCCUCUGGCAAGUCACGCUACGUAGUAUUGGCACUCAACUAUGGGCUGAACACUACAGAUAUCACGAUUCCUCUCAGUGGAUUGCCUGGAUUGAAAGGAUCUAGCUUGUCUGAGUAUUCCGUGAGGGAGGUUUGGGCUGGAAAAGGUGGCUUUCAUGGAGGCAACAAACUCGUACUGAACGACGUAGCUUUGAACCAGACAAAAGUAGUAGUGUUCUCCAAAAAAUAA